AUAGGUUCCUUAGAAAGAGAGCUUGGACGGCAUGCAAAGUUGUGAAAUAUCUGCAGACAGCACGGAUGAUCCUCUUAGUAGUGGCCUACGGAGCAAGCGACAGCCUCGAAUAGUGAUUAUCGGUGCUGGGCUCGCAGGCCUGUCCGCAGCCAAAGCGCUCCUGGAACGCGGGUUCACACAUGUAACUGUCCUCGAGGCGACCGACCGCAUCGGAGGCCGCGUGCAGACUGUGAAACUUGGGCAUGCCACUGUUGAACUGGGAGCUACGUGGAUUCAUGGUUCACAUGGAAACCCAGUCUAUCAUCUAGCAGAAGACAAUGGUUUACUUGAAGAGACUACUGACAGCGAGAGAAGUGUUGGCCGGAUCAGCCUUUACUCCAAGAAUGGAGUGGCUUAUCAUCUCACCAACAACGGGCAGAGGAUCCCGAAAGAUGUGGUUGAAGAAUUCAGUGAUUUAUACAACGAGGUCUAUAACCUGACUCAAGAGUUCUUCCAACGAGGUAAACCAGUCAAUGCUGAGAGCCAGAACAGUGUGGGCGUCUUCACACGGGACGUCGUGCGCAAACGUGUCAAGGCCGACCCGGAUGACACAGAGGCCGUCAAGAGGCUGAAACUAGCCAUGAUCCAGCAGUACCUGAAGGUAGAGAGUUGUGAGAGCAGCUCCCAUAGCAUGGAUGAAGUCUCGCUGAGUGAAUUUGGGGAAUGGACCGAAAUUCCUGGGGCUCAUCACAUCAUUCCUUGUGGUUUCAUUAAAAUCGUGGAGAUUUUGGCUCGCUCCAUUCCCAAGUCUGUGAUUCAGCUCUGCAAGCCGGUCAAGUGCAUCCACUGGAACCAGUCGGUCUGCAAGGAGAUUGAGAGGGUGGCUGACCACAACAGUGAUCUCCCUGAGGAGAACAAGGGCUCCAGUGUCUUCGUAGAGUGCGAGGACUGCGAGUUCAUCCCAGCUGACCAUGUCAUUGUGACUGUGUCCCUGGGAGUCCUGAAGAAACGCCACGAGAGCCUGUUCCAUCCCCGCUUGCCCGAGGAGAAGGUGAUGGCCAUUGAGAAACUAGGAAUCAAUACGACUGACAAGAUCUUCCUGGAGUUUGAAGAGCCUUUCUGGAGCUCUGAAUGCAACAGCAUCCAGUUUGUCUGGGAAGACGAAGCAGAGAGCGAGAGCUUGACGUAUCCCGAGGAGCUGUGGUAUAAGAAGAUCUGCAGCUUUGAUGUACUGUACCCACCGGAGAGGUACGGCCAUGUCCUCAGUGGCUGGAUCUGUGGAGAAGAGGCUCUGAUCAUGGAGAAGUGUGAUGAUGAAACUGUGGCAGAAAUCUGCACCGAAAUGCUACGUAAAUUUACAGGGAAUCCAAACAUUCCGAAACCUCGCCGGAUCCUGCGGUCCUCCUGGGGCAGCAAUCCCUACUUCCGAGGAUCCUACUCCUACACCCAAGUUGGGUCUAGUGGGGCUGAUGUAGAGAAACUUGCUAAACCACUGCCUUAUGCCGAAAGCUCCAAAACUCCUCCUCACAUCUGCUUUCCAGUAAGACCUGCUGAGCUUUUGUGUUUUUCCUGCUCUGUGCAGCCGAUGCAGGUGAUGUUUUCGGGGGAGACCACUCACAGGAAGUAUUACUCCACGACCCACGGUGCUGUGCUCUCGGGGCAGAGGGAGGCUGCUCGCCUCAUCGACAUGUACCAGGACCUCCUGCAGUGCCAGACCUGAAAGAGCCCUGUUUGUGACCACCACCACCUCCCAGAUCCUCCUGCAGGUGUGUGGAGGGGUUCUUUUUAAAUUUCAGUUCACAGUAGAACAGCCUUUAUCUUUUCUAUUAAAAAAAUUAAAAAGCCCUAAUUGUUAAAGUUAGCUUCAUUUCCAUGUGCUGUAUUGUUAACAGGGAAGGGUGCUCUUUUGGUCUGGUAAACUGUUUCUCUGUCAUUUUAAUUCUAAUUUCACUUUGGUGCCUAUCAUAUGUUUGGGGUUUUUUUCUCUUUCGGUAUUGUAAGUGCCUUCUAUACUAAAAUAAAUGUUGUAAUAAAAA